GAUGUAUGGAAAUGGAAGAUGUAAGUUUAGGGUUAAUAAUAUAUAUAUAUAUAUAUAUAUAUAUGGGUACUUCGGGUAAUUGAUUCGGGUAUUGGAUAUAACCAAUCGGGUACGGGUAUCCGGACUGGUUGAAUCCUAAACCUGUUCGGAUUUUUUUUAACUUCGGUUCGGUUUUCGGUUCGGGUUUUUGGUUUGGUUCGGAUUCAGGUUUCGGUAAAUAUGUCAGCGUUUAAGUGGUAUUAUGAAUAUGGUAUUUUGACAAUUUCUCAUCAUUUAUACGUAACUGUUUCUAUGCCCAGCGAAUAUGGUCUCCAAUUUGGUUUAUUAUAACUUAUUAUCAUACACUUUAUGUUUGAGUUAAUAUAAAUUUUUUUAGUGAAUUGAUUUGGGAUUUACAAAUUAUUAAAUUACUUCUCAUGCUGUCAUGUAAGAUAAAUUGACAAGUUUUUUUUCUAAUAAAUACAUAAUAUUACAAAUUUUUAAUGUUUUUCAGUUAUAUAUAGGAGAUAUUUAUAUGUAGGAUAAACUAACUUUUCAAAUUGCAAAUUUACCUUUUAGAUAACUAUGCAUCCAAUUUUACCUAUUUAAAAAUAAUUCACCGACCUACUCUUGUAAUUAUCGCGUAACUUUUGAUACCUCUUAUGCUAAUAUUAUACUUAUCUUAUCGUUUGUAACAUAAACAAAUCAAAUUUAUGCUUUUUCAAAUAUAUUGCGAGUAGACUUUGACUUUUAUAAAACAGAAUUUUCGUGCCAAAGAUUCUGACUUAAGUAAAAGGGGGAUUGAUUACGGUUAAUCAACUUUUGUAUGGGUCCUCUCUCUAAACAAACUUCCAGUAAGAAGCCAAUAGAGAUUAUACAACAGGAUUGCUUAAGGUAUGGCUAAAAUCUAUUUUAAUUGAUUUUUUUUAUUUUUUCGCUUUUGUAAAAAUAUCGAUUUGAUUCAUAUGCACGUACGUCUCAUUGAAACAUCGUUUCUCUAUCUGAAAACAUGUUCUAGCUAGAUAGGUGAUCAAUUUGCUUUAAUUCAUCUUUGUUUUUAAUCAGCAUAUAUAAUACGAGCUGAUUACCUCGUUUCCAUAUUCUUAUGGUUAAUUAAUCUCAUUAGUUUUCAGAAAUUUUUAAAAAUUCACCGUAAUCUUUUUUUAUAUAUAUAUAUAUUCACAUGGAGAAGAUGUCGACGCCAUGCGCUGCAUGCAAGUACCUAAGGAGAAAAUGCACACAAGCCUGCGUGUUUGCGCCUUACUUCCCACCUAACAAACAGGAAGAUUACGCAGCGAUCCACAAGGUAUUCGGAGCAAGCCAAGUGACUAAAAUUCUCAACGACCUUCACCCAAGCCAGAGACAAGACGCCGUGACCUCUCUCGUUUAUGAGGCACAAACUCUUCUCCUUGACCCGGUCCAUGGCUGUUCUCCUCACGUUUACAACCUCCAGCGUCAGCUCAAAGACCUUCAGGACCAGCUUCACAUCGCCAGGAACGAGCUCGCCUCUUACAAUAAUAUCGUCCCACCGCUAGACCUACCUCCUCCGAUUACGUAUCAGCAAAACCAUCACAACCCUAUGUUGAUGCCUGUUGUGUCUAAUUAUGAUGGUCCGUUAACUCAACAGUUACAUGAAGAGGCUCAUCGGGUUGAAUCUGAAAGAAGCGCUCAAGUGCAGCAAAUGCAGCCAAAUGCAGCACCCUCAAAGAGGGAUGACUGUCCAUGACAAAAGAUACCAUCAAAGAUAUCAUGUAAAUAGUUUUGAUGGUAAUGUCGGACGCUUCAUAUUAAAAAUUUGUGGUUUUUGUUUCAUUUGUUAAAGAAAAAACUUCAUGGUUUAGGACAAGUGUGAUCUCUCUAAUAUUCUAAUAGAAGAUGGUUGUUUCUUCUGUGUGCGUGUGUAAUCAUUUUGGUAGCAAUCGUUUGGUUCACAUGCAUAAUUAAGAUAUUAAUCAUAAGUGAGUUAGCUAUAUCUAUUGAUGAGGUGGCAGCACCACGAAGAAGGGAUGUUCUCUUAGAAGAUUGAAAAUUUUAUAUAUAGUGAGAAUUAUUAAAUUUUCUAUUUCUCAUCUAGUGCAUUAUUUGAUUUGAUCUAUACUAUUAUUUAUGAAGUGAUUUAGUUUAUUUGUCAUGAUUUUCAUGAUUUUAGGUAUUUUUGCUUAUUUGUUAUGUUUUAAUUAGGUUUAAGCUCACGGAGUAGUUUUUAGUUGAGUUCAUAACUUAUUAAUUUAAAUAAUAUAACUAUAAAAUAUGUAAUUAGAUAUAUAAUUUUAGUUGAAUCACUAAUUUAUUAAUUUAAGAAAAUAUCCGUAAUGAAUUUAAUAUAUAAUUAAAAACGAAUUUUGAUUU